AUGGCGGAACCUAGCCCUUCCAAACCAGUCCACACAAUAAUCCUCGACGCUGCGCCCCUCAUCCGCAAUGUACCCCCGAUCUCGACGCUGCUUGCGCAGUCUCACGCCCUCAUCACCACUCCUGCUGUCAUCUCCGAAAUUCGAGACCCUGCUGCGCGCUCUAGACUUGAGACGUUAUACCUCCCAUUCCUCAUACAACGUACUCCCAAACCGGAGUCCGUAAGGUUCGUCGGAGAAUUUGCACGGAAGACUGGCGAUAGGCCAGUGCUGAGUAGACAAGAUUUGGAGAUUUUGGCACUGGCAUAUGAAGUUGAAUGUGAGAGGAAUGGAGGUGACUGGAGGUUAAGAAAGGAGCCCGGACAGAAACGGAUUAAUGGAAUGCCACCCACGAAGGCUGACGAGGAACAGAAGAGGGAAGGCGGGGCAAAUGGCGAUGAGCCUCCUGCGGAACAACAUCAUAAAGUUGAAGACCCCAUCGAAGAUGUGGUGAACGGCUUGGCACAGGCUACUCUAGAUAACAAGGGAGAAGAGGCACAAGGGAAUUCGGCACGAGCUACGAACGGCGUUGAGGAAACACAAUUGGAAGAAUACUCAACACGGAUACAAACAGACGAAUGCGACGAGGAUGACGAGACGGAUGACGACGAGGACGACGAAGGCUGGAUAACCCCUUCCAACAUCAGAAAGCACCAGGCAAAAAAUGCCGCAGCUCCCGCGGCAUCCGUUGAAACAAAAACAAUGCAAGUCGCAACUAUAACCGGCGACUUCGCUAUGCAAAACGUCCUGCUGCGUAUGAACCUCAACCUCCUCUCGCCCAACAACAUGCAGCGCAUCCACCGGCUAAACUCCUAUAUCCUCCGUUGCCACGGUUGCUUCGCCACAACGAAGGAAAUGAACAAGCAAUUCUGCCCGCGCUGUGGCAAGCCAACACUAACCCGCGUCUCCUGUUCCACGUCUGCGGGCGGCACGUUCAAGCUCCAUCUCAAGAAGAAUAAGCAAUGGAAUACGAGGGGGGAUAAAUAUAGUAUUCCGAAACCGACGGCGGGGACGUCGAAUGGAAAGUGGAAAGGAGGUGGCGGACAGGGGGGCUGGGGGACUGGUCUGAUACUGGCGGAGGAUCAGAAGGAGUAUGUGAGGGCAGUAGCUGAGGAGGGGAGGAGAAUGAGAAAGGAGAGGAAUCUUAUGGAUGACGAUUUUCUUCCCGGAAUUGUGACUGGGGAGAGGAUGAAGGGCGGUGGGAGGGUGCAGGUGGGAGCGGGUAGAGCAGUUAACUCAAGGAAGAGGAGGUUUUGA